AUGGAGGUGGACACCGAGGAGAAGCGGCAUCGCACGCGGUCCAAAGGGGUUCGAGUUCCUGUGGAGCCGGCCAUACAGGAGCUGUUCAGCUGUCCCACCCCUGGCUGUGACGGCAGUGGCCACGUCAGCGGAAAAUAUGCGAGACACAGAAGCGUGUACGGCUGCCCCUUGGCUAAAAAAAGAAAAACACAAGAUAAACAGCCCCAAGAACCUGCUCCCAAGCGAAAACCGUUUGCGGUGAAAGCGGACAGCUCGUCGGUGGAUGAGUGUUACGACAGCGACGGCACGGAGGAUGGGGACGAGAAGGAGGAGGACGCGGAGGAGGACGACUCAGACGACGACGACGAGCAGCGGGAGGACGAGGACGACGACGAGGAGGGGGGACGGGAGGAGGACAUGGAGGACGAGGAUGAGGACGAGGACGAGGACGGCGAGGACGUGGAGGACGAGGAGGACGACGAGGACGAGGAGGACGAGGAGGACGACGAGGACGAUGAGGAGGAGAACGAAGGCCAUCAACUGAACUGUCACAGCACUCGCAUAAUGCAGGACGUGGAGAAGGAUGACAACAAUAACGACGAGUACGACAACUAUGAUGAGCUGGUGGCCAAGUCCCUGCUGAACCUGGGCAAGAUCGCUGAGGACGCAGCGUACCGGGCGCGGACGGAGUCAGAGAUGAACAGCAACACGUCCCACAGCCUGGAGGACGACAGCGACAAGAACGAGACCCCCGGCCGGAAGGGCGAGCUCAGCCUGGACCUGGACAGCGACGUGGUCAGGGAGACGGUGGACUCGCUGAAGCUGCUGGCCCAAGGCCACGGCGCAGUGCUGGGGGACCACACGGGUGAGCGCGGCUAUGUGGACGCGCUGGUGCCACCCGAGAGCAGGAGCCUGAACUAUGGGACACUGGGCAAGGCCGCCAACAACGGGCUGGCAGAGAAGCUGGUGGAGGAGAGCGAUGAGGAGGUGUGUCUGAGCAGCCUGGAGUGCCUGCGCAACCAGUGCUUCGACCUGGCACGCAAGCUGAGUGAGGGCAGCCCCCAGGAGCGGCCUCCACAGCCCGGCACAGGCCCCCGCCCGCACGGCCGCCAGGACGACGACUUCCCAGGGAGGACGCCUGACCGCAGCUACUCGGACAUGAUGAACCUGAUGAGGCUGGAGGAGCAGCUGAGCCCCAGACCCAGAACUUUCUCCAGCUGCGUCAAGGAGGAUGGGUACCAUGAGCGGGAGGACGACGCCACCUCCGUGAACUCGGACAGGUCAGAGGAGGUGUUCGAUAUGACCAAGGGCAACCUGACCCUCCUGGAGAAAGCCAUCGCCCUGGAAACUGAGCGGGCCAAGGCCAUGAGGGAGAAGAUGGCGGUGGAGGCGGGAAGGAGGGACAGUCUGAGGUCCUACGAGGACCAGUCACCACGACCGCUCCCCGGGGAGGAGAGGAAGCCUAAGUCCGGUGACAGCCAUGUCAAAAAGCCAUACUAUGGUAAAGAUCCCUCGAGAGCAGAAAAGAAAGAGAGCAAGUGCCCCACCCCCGGGUGCGAUGGAACGGGCCACGUAACCGGGCUUUAUCCGCAUCACCGCAGUCUGUCCGGAUGCCCGCACAAAGAUAGGGUCCCUCCAGAAAUUCUUGCCAUGCAUGAAAAUGUUCUCAAGUGUCCUACUCCGGGCUGCACAGGGCGAGGGCAUGUAAAUAGCAACAGGAACUCGCACAGAAGCCUCUCCGGAUGCCCUAUUGCCGCAGCGGAGAAAUUGGCAAAGGCCCAAGAAAAGCACCAGAGCUGUGACGUGUCCAAGUCCAACCAGGCCUCGGACCGAGUGCUAAGGCCCAUGUGCUUCGUAAAGCAGCUCGAGAUCCCUCACUACGGCUACAGAAACAGCGUCCCCACCACCACGCCUCGCUCCAACUUGGCCAAAGAGCUGGAGAAAUAUUCCAAGACCUCGUUUGAAUACAACAGUUACGACAGCCAUACUUAUGGCAAGCGGGCCAUAGCUCCCAAGGUGCAAACCAGGGAUAUAUCCCCCAAAGGAUAUGAUGACGCGAAGCGGUACUGCAAGGACGCCAGCCCUAGCAGCAGUGCCGCCAGCACCUACGCGCCCAGCAGCAGCAACCUGAGCUGCGGCGGCGGCAGCAGCGCCAGCAGCACGUGCAGCAAGAGCAGCUUCGACUACACGCACGACAUGGAGGCGGCGCACAUGGCGGCCACGGCCAUCCUCAACCUGUCCACGCGCUGCCGCGAGAUGCCGCAGAACCUGUCCACCAAGCCGCAGGACCUGUGCGCCGCGCGGAACCCUGACAUGGAGGUGGAUGAGAACGGGACCCUGGACCUGAGCAUGAACAAGCAGCGGCCGCGAGAGGGCUGCUGCCCCAUCCUGACGCCCCUGGAGCCCAUGUCCCCCCAGCAGCAGGCGGUGAUGAACAGCCGGUGUUUCCAGCUGAGCGAGGGAGACUGCUGGGACUUGCCCGUGGACUACACCAAAAUGAAGCCCCGGAGGAUAGAUGAGGAUGAGCCCAAAGAGAUUACUCCGGAAGACUUGGAUCCCUUCCAGGAGGCUCUAGAAGAAAGAAGGUACCCGGGGGAGGUGACCAUCCCGAGCCCCAAGCCCAAGUACCCCCAGUGCAAGGAGAGCAAGAAGGACUUGAUAACUCUGUCGGGCUGCCCGCUGGCUGACAAAAGCAUUCGAAGUAUGCUGGCCACCAGCUCACAAGAACUCAAGUGCCCCACUCCUGGCUGCGAUGGCUCCGGGCACAUCACCGGCAACUACGCUUCCCAUCGGAGCCUUUCAGGUUGCCCGAGAGCCAAGAAGAGCGGCAUCAGGAUAGCACAGAGCAAAGAGGACAAGGAAGACCAGGAGCCCAUCAGGUGCCCCGUGCCCGGGUGCGAUGGCCAGGGCCACAUCACCGGGAAGUACGCCUCGCACCGAAGCGCAUCCGGCUGCCCCUUGGCGGCCAAAAGGCAGAAGGACGGGUACCUCAACGGCUCCCAGUUCUCCUGGAAGUCCGUCAAGACGGAGGGCAUGUCCUGCCCCACGCCGGGCUGUGACGGCUCCGGGCACGUCAGUGGGAGCUUCCUCACGCACCGCAGCUUGUCGGGAUGUCCGCGGGCCACGUCGGCCAUGAAGAAGGCGAAGCUGUCGGGAGAGCAGAUGCUGACCAUCCGGCAGCGGGCCAGCAACGGCAUAGAGAAUGAUGAGGAGAUCAAGCAGCUGGAUGAGGAAAUCAAGGAGCUGAACGAAUCCAACUCCCAGAUGGAAGCCGACAUGAUCAAGCUCAGAACUCAGAUCACCACCAUGGAGAGCAGCCUGAAGACCAUCGAGGAGGAGAACAAAGUGAUUGAGCAGCAGAACGAGUCCCUCCUCCACGAGCUCGCCAACCUGAGCCAGUCCCUGAUCCACAGCCUCGCCAACAUCCAGCUCCCGCACAUGGAUCCAAUCAAUGAACAAAAUUUUGAUGCAUACGUGACUACUUUGACGGACAUGUAUACAAAUCAAGAUCGUUAUCAGAGCCCAGAAAAUAAAGCUCUACUGGAAAAUAUAAAGCAGGCUGUGAGAGGAAUUCAGGUCUGA